GAAUUCAAGAAUGUAAAGAAUCGUUGGAUACAGUUCAUCCUGUUGACCAUUGUCCCUCAGAUGAAAAGUCAUGGAAGGAGGCUGAAUUUAAAAAAAAAGAUGUGGAGAAAUUAAACAAAAUUGUGUAAAUGCCAAGCGCUUUCUCUAUCAUUGUAUUUUAAAUGAGAUGAUGAAUCAAACGAUCGAAGUGUGCGCUCCAUUUAGGGUGAUGUUUGGAUAUUGUCCGGUAUUUUCACUGAUUGGUGCAAGGAUCUACCAUAAUUAUGCGAGUGAGUGCAAACAACUUUUGAAGCGUUGCCCAGAGGAUUUUGAAUCAAAUCAUCUUUAUCAGUACCCAGAGUGUUUAGAUAUACCUAAAGAACCACCCUUGAUCUCCACUCCUCAGACUUCUAACUCUGAGGGUAUGCAAUUUACAAAGAGAAGAUCUUCACUUCUGCUGUUUGUUUUAGAGCUUAAGAUCCUCGUGUUCUACGUCUGAUGUCCCAAAUACAAUAAUAUUUUGUUCAUUUGGCACAUAUAUAUGCUGUGAUAUUCAUAAGACAACAUUGCGGGCCAAAAAGUAAUUCUUUGUUCACGUAGAUAA